AUAAUGAGCCGAAGAGGAAGAAGAAGAACCAGAAGGAAGACGCCUCUUUGUCCCUGCUAGCGGAGAAGAAGAAGAGGAAGGCGUCAGUUAGCAUUAGCAUUAGCAGUUAGCGAAUAUCUGUUGAGGAACCCGCGGAUUAAAAUUCACACGUCACUGCUGCCCUGUGAUGCAGUCAUGUCUGUGCAGUUGAUGCUGCAGCAGAGGAUCAGCUCUGCUCAGGUGUUGCUGCAGCGGGCAGAGCAGCUUUGUCAGGGUGUGGAGGGUCAUCAGAAGCUCUGCGGUAAACUGCGAGCUGAGCUACGCUUCCUGCGACGUGUGGAGGCUGGAGAGCUGCAGGUCAAAGAGUCUCACCUGCACAGCACCAACUUGACUCACCUGACAGCCAUCGUGCAGUCGGCCGAGAGUCUGGAGGACGUGGUGGCUCUGCUGCAUGUCUUCACUUACCAGGAAGCCUCCGGCCGCCGCCGGACACUGGUGGUGGACGUGGUGGCUAAUGGGGGACAUACCUGGGUGAAAGCGGUGGGCAGGAAGGCGGAGGCUCUGCACAACAUCUGGCAGGGGCGGGGUCAGUACGGAGACAAGAGCAUCAUCAGGCAGGCGGAGGACUUCCUGCAGGCCAGCCACCAGCAGCCUGUCCAUUACCGACACCCCCACAUCAUUUUCGCCUUCUACAAUGGGGUCUCCUGCCCCAUGGCCGACCGCCUCAGGGACAUGGGUGUCUCCGUACGUGGGGACAUCAUCGCUGUCAACGCUGUAGUGACAGAGGGAGGCAGUGAUGAAGAAGACGAGGAGGGGGAGGAAAGGGAGGCAGAUGAUAACCAUAAAGAGGAUGAGGAGGUGUCUGAGCUGACGCGGGUGGACCGCGGCACGGUGGUGGUCAGCCUGGCGUUUCCUGCCCAGGUGCAGGUGGAAGAGUGUCGGCGGGUGAACCUGGACAUCACCACGCUCAUCACAUAUGUGUCGUCGCUAAGUCACGGCCGUUGUCACUUCACCUUCAGGGAGCCUGUGCUGACGGAGCAGGCCGCCCAGGAGCGCCAACUGCAGGUGCUGCCGCAGCUCGAUGCCUUCAUGGCAGGGAAGGAGCUGUUCGCCUGCCGUGCUGCUGUCACUGACUUCCAGCUGAUCCUGGACACACUGGGCGGACCGGGUGAGAAGGAGCGUGCUCAGAAGCUCCUGGCACGCCUUCACCUGGUCGACGACCGGCCAUCGGAGCGAACACUGCGCCUCACGCCCAGUGCCAAGGUCAACCAGCGCUCGCUUACGAUUUUCGGCACUGGUGACUCACUGAGAGCCGUUACCAUGACAGCAAACAGCCGUUUUGUCAGGGCGGCUGCGAAUCAGGGCGUCCGAUACAGCGUGUUUAUCCACCAACCACGAGCUCUGACCGAGGGCAAGGAGUGGAGGGCCAUGCCCAUCUGAGACAGAGAAAGACUUCCAGUAGAGGGGCUGAUGGGAGUUUGAGUCUGUUGGCUGAAACAGGUUUAAUGUUAAAGCUUUGACUCAAAAUUGCCCUGUUGUAAAUAUGAACCUGAUCAGCUGACUUUUGUUAUUUUUCUUCAUUAUUUCAGAAUCUAUAUUCACAGAUCAAUAAAGCAUCACAGUCACUUCCAGCUCCUCUGUC